AUGUCUUUGCAAUUUGUAGGCACAUUGUUGGUGAGUCUCUCUGGAACUCAAGCACUGUUUGAACACUCAUGCCAAAAACCAGCAGAUUGUGCAGGAUUAUGUCAGGGUGGUUCUGGGGGAUGUGUAAACGGACAUUGCGUUUGUGAUACUCCAAAAGUCGAGCUUCAGUCCACCAAGACGCUAAAGUGUAAGAGGGACAGUGAUUGCCCCGAUGCUAAAGAAUGCCACGACCCCGAGUACUACUAUGCUUGUCUUCAUGGAGAAUGUAUUUGUAUCGCAGUUUAA